ACGCGCAAGUCAGCAUGAUCCGAUCGUCGGGCGCAGACAAUAAAACCUUGCUGGCAGACCAGAACACAAUUACUUCCUAGCUUGGUUGUUUGCAAUCGGUCACGACUUACUCGUCGUCGUCAACUCUAGUCUCUAGUCCGAGGUCAUUCUUACCAGCUCACGCCAACUGUUUCCAAUCGGUAUCAGUUUAAAACACGUCGUGUUGCUGAAGAUUGCAAUGGGACCGUCCCGAUCUUGCAUGGCGAUGACGUCUAUGCAUCUUCCCCUGCCCCUCCUGGCAACAUUCGCGAUAAUAAUUCUAGCAGUAAGCACUGUCAUAGGCGGCCAAGCACUGUUGGACUCGAACUCUGACGAUCGGGCUCUAUCUACCAGCCAACCCCCUCCGGCACUUCCUGGGAUAGCCGCUUAUCGCGGCAAGCUACAGUGGUGGUCUCUGUCAAGACUGAUCAACGACAGGACGGGUAGGCUGAAGAGCGCUUCUAGCGUCCGGGCAUGCCAGCGUCUGCCUCUCAGCAAAAGGCAAAAACAUCUCUGCACGUCUCGUCGAAGCGGAUAUGGUCCAGCCUUGGUUACUAUCGCAGCGAGGGCUAGCCUAGCGGCCGUACGAGAAUGCCAGCGACAAUUCCAGGACCGGCUAUGGACUUGCGAGCAUUUCGAGCAGGGACCGCUCUUCGGAAGAGCAAUAAAACAGAAAGGGUCAAGAGAAGCGGCAUUUGUUCAUGCUCUGAUGGCGGCCAGCUUGGCCCAUGAAGCGGUUGUUGCUUGCAGCAGAGGAAAUCUGGAGGACUGCGGGUGCGUGCGCCCACAGCUACCCGCGCCAACACAGAAGGACAUUGAACAGUAUGAGCUCACUCAAUUCGGCCAGUCGGGGGCGCCGGUUGCGCCACGUGCAGGGGAAACUCAUCUCGAUGACAAGAAACUGAACAUUAGCUAUGUGUGGUCUGCAAAGUGCUUUGACAAUAUCCUCUACGGUAUGAGUAAAGCUGAUGAGUUUGUCCAGAAGAGCUCACGUUAUGUGAAGCGCCGAGCCCGUCAACUGAUGAACUUGCACAACCAUCAAGCUGGAAUUCUGACACUAAAAGAGACGAAGAUGAAAUGUCAGUGCCUUGGUGUGACAUCAUCCUGCUCCUUCAGGGUCUGCUGGAAUGAAGUGGAGCAUUUCACAAAGAUCAGUAAACAACUAUUGCAGAUGUAUGAGCGAGCAAUACCCAUGAAGCUGGUGGCCAUUGUCGAUCCAGAAAAGCUGCCACCGAAUGUGACCGGCAUCCCAGAGAACAGCACAGAGGCUCAGCUUGCACCAGCUGUACUCGUAAAGAAGUUGAAAGUCUCACAGAAAGACAUAAGGUGGGAGCUGCGGCCAGCGCAAGCAGGCGCUGCAUACCCAUCGGCCCAUGAACUUGUCUACAUUGACCAGUCGCCGGACUACUGUAAGCGGAAUGAUUUCCUCGGAGUGCAAGGUACCGGUGGACGCCAGUGUCACCGUGACGACGACUUCAGCCCGGGUAGCUGCUCGCUGCUGUGCUGCAAUCGGCGAGUGCGCACGGUAACGCGCGUCAUUCGCCAGUCGUGCCACUGCAAGUUUGUCUACUGCUGCCGCGUGGAGUGUCAAACAUGCACGCGCCAAAUCACGGAACACUUUUGUGCCGACGUAUGAACUCAGUCCCACAUCCCAGAAUUUAACUGCAAGCGCAUGUUGUCACCCUCCAGCACUAUGACUUAUAAACAGACUAUACAUGUAUAACCUUAUUCUAUUGCCUCAAGAUAUGCGACUAUACCGUGAUGUACAUGCACAUGCAGCUACAGCAUUCAGCUUCAGUAUUCUAUGUUCAAUUCCACCAAGGAUCGAAGACCAGGCAGGGCAGUGCAGAUCAUGUACUAUGCAAUGACUACUGAAUUAUAUCCGUCUGCCCGAAUAACUCUGCUUCCGUGCAUGAAUGAUGGAGAGAACCUCUGUUCACGAACAUGUACAAAUUCUGCAUGUAAAAUAGUGUCCUGACUGUGAUGUACAAGUACUUGAUAUUCCUGUUGGCUCACUCUGCGGCUUCUGUUGUCUUAGCUCCUUUUUCUCACUCGUGCCGCCUUCUGCCCUUUUCAAGUUCUGAAAGCCCUGGGUGCUAGCACCCUCUGACAACUUCCGAACUCCGAGUCACCAACUAGUAGUCUACAUUGUCUGAUUUUCAAUUUGUCUCAGGCUUACACUGAUGAUUUCUUCCAGUUCAAAAUUGCAGUUGUAUUCUCUCUGCAAUCUACAUGUACCGUUCGGCAUUGCGCUGGCCACCAUCCAUGUUGAGAUACGCCUUGUGUGUCACAUUGCAUACUGAUGAUCACCUGACCCGGACGGUGCUGGUGCUCAACAAAACAAAACAAAAAAAAGAAAAAAAGUUUUGAUCAUGCUGUUGAA